ACUCAAACAGAUAGGACUUCUGUGCAGAAUGCAGAAGUGAGAAGGUGAUGUGGCUGCAAGCGAUACUGCUCUCAGUUCGAGCGAUGAGGAAGUCUCACCACACGCACACAGGUAGCAAGAACUGGCAGCCACAGUGUGAAAUUGUAAUCUGAAGGUUAACAUGUCUGUGGAUGGGACCGAGCUGCUUUUUGAGAGCUUUCUACAAAAAAGAAAAGACACGGUGAAAAUGAGAUGGGUCACAUACUGGUUCAGGCUUCAAAACACAACCUUGUUCUUCUACACUAAGAAGAAUGGAAGUGCUUCGAGCUUGAGAGGAUUUUACUACAUAUACACAGUGCAGUCAGUGCGAGAGGUCCAGAAAGCUGACAGGAAGCGCUUUAUUUUUGAAAUAACCAUGACAAAUGGGAAGAAAAAAGUGUUGGCAGCAGAGACGGAGGACCUCAGGAAGGAGUGGGUGGGAUACCUCUGGCAGGCCAUGCAUCUCUCUGCCUCCACGACCUCCGUCUCUGAGGACGCACAACUUGAUGUGUGUGAGCAGCGAGAAAGACUACAUAGCAUGGCACCCAUCUGCUCACACCGCGAAAGUGUCAUGGAGGAGCUUCCAAUUCGGCCCCUCUCUGCGCCCCCUCCCUCCGACUACAUCUACGCACAACCCCAUAAAAUCUGCCCCCGCACCAAAGACACCUGGCAGCCCAAAGACACCUGGCAGCCCAAAGACACCUGGCAGCCCAAAGACACCUGGCAGCCCAAAGACACCUGGCAGCCCAAAGACACCUGGCAGCCCAAAGACACCUGGCAGCCCAAAGACACCUGGCAACCCAAGGAGACCUCUCAGCCCCAAAACACCUGGCAGCCCAUAGAGCAGGACAGCGAGGAAGACAUUUAUCAGAACACAGGGAAAGCCUACCAGAAUCGCAACGAUGACUGUCCCAGCGAUCCCCAGUGGUCCAGCCAGAUGAGCAGUGCAGAAGCCGGACAAGAAGGACACUAUGAUGUUUUGCCUAUUAGAAACAGGUUGUGUAAGGCGAACCGCUCAGCAGAGGCAGAAGAGGACGUUUACGAUGUCCCUGCGUCCUACAGACAGACUGCUGAGUGUCAUGAGAGUGUCUAUGACGUGCCAAGCUCACUCCUGAGAACCAUGUCUGAUCACACCAUAGACGAUCAGCCAGAGGAAGGAACCUACUGGAAUAUAUGAGGUGUAGUUUCAGAGCAUCGGUGGAGGCCGGCAAACUCACCAGCUUUGGAUUGGAAGACCGUCGCUGCUUCAUCUCUUUAUCUUUGUGUUUCAGUUUUAAAUGAAACUAAUCGCGUCUUCUACUCUGGUUUAUUUUUUUCCCCCAACCGACUCUACACAAUGAGAACUUUUAACGUGUGCUGCAAUAGUUUGUUUUGAUGCUGGUAUGUAAAGGCAGACAGGCAGUAAAAACUGCAUCAGUUCUGUGAAAUGCACUUGCACACAGUUUCAUUGUAUCGGUUGCAGCCAAAGGAAGGAACUAAGUGGAUGAUUUGAGCUGUGGUUUCAGAACAUCAGCACAAGCAGCUCCACAUGCUGUCAACCUUGGGAACUGUUCAUUUCUGUAUUUUAUUUGUUUUACUAGAAGUAGCAGUAUUGGAU